ACACUUCUGAAACAGCGGAGCCAACGGGAAUCCCACAAUGCCAGGCGAGGGACCUCCUGUCGGAGAGUGAAGCUCCGCUGGUUUCAAUGAAAGAGGGGGAGAAGAGUAAUGCAGAGGGAUGUAAGAUGGCAGAGCUACAAAUGUUGUUAGAGGAGGAAAUCCCGGCAGGAAAAAGAGCCCUUGUGGAGAGCUACCAAAACCUUUCAAGGGUUGCGGAAUAUUGCGAGAACAAUUAUGUGCAGGCACAAGACAAGAGGAAAGCUCUGGAGGAGACCAAAGCCUACACCACCCAGUCCCUGGCCAGCGUGGCCUAUCAGAUCAAUGCCUUAGCCAACAAUGUGCUGCAGCUGUUGGAUAUUCAGGCUUCACAGCUGCGCAGGAUGGAGUCCUCCAUCAACCAUAUCUCUCAGACUGUGGACAUUCAUAAAGAGAAAGUUGCCAGACGAGAGAUUGGGAUCCUCACCACUAACAAAAACACAUCUCGCACCCACAAGAUCAUCGCCCCGGGCAACAUGGAGCGACCCGUGCGCUACAUUAGGAAGCCCAUAGAUUACACCCUGCUGGAUGAUGUGGGUCACGGUGUUAAAUGGCUUAAAGCAAAGCAAGGGAAUAACCCGCCAGCUAGGGCAGGUGGAGGAACGUUAUCCAGGACCAACCCUCCCACACAGAAGCCCCCGAGCCCCCCAAUGGCAGGUAGAGGUACGCUGGGACGAAACACACCGUAUAAGACCCUUGAGCCAGUCAAGCCUCCUGUGGUGCCUAAUGACUACAUGACUAGUCCAGCGCGCCUGGGAAGCCAGAACAGCCCGGGACGCACAGCCUCACUCAAUCAGAGACCCAGAACGCACAGUGGCAGUAGUGGGGGCAGCGGCGGUCGGGAAAACAGCAGUAAUAGUAUGGGAAUCCCUCUGGCUGUACCAACACCCUCCCCUCCCAGUAUGGCACCAGUUCCUCAAGGUCCAGGUUUGGGCCCAAUCCCGAUGUCUCAAUUCGGAACAAUCUCCCGACAGAUCUCCAGACACAAUUCCUCCAACACUUCUUCCUCCGCCUCUAUGGUAUCAGCCACCGGGACAUAUCGGCGCGCCCCUGCUAGCUCCGCCCAGUUCUCUGUGCCUCAACCCCACCUGAACGGGGGUCCCACGUACCCUCAGACCACAAUGUCAGUCGCUCCACCGCCUCCUCCCAUGGUGCAGCUGACGCCCCAGAUUCCCCUCACUGGCUUUGUGGCCAGAGUUCAGGAGAACAUAACAGAUAGCCCGUCUCCUCCCCCUCCUCCUCUACCAGAGGACACGCUCAUGUUUGAGGAAGCAGCCCCGCCCCCUCCACCUCCACCUGUGGAUUAUGAAGAAGAAGAUGCAUCUCUGGUGCACUACAAUGACCCCUAUGCGGAUGGAGACCCCCACUGGGCCCCAAAAUCCUAUUUAGAAAAGGUGGUGGCCAUCUAUGACUACUCAAAGGACAAAGAUGAUGAGCUGUCCUUCAUGGAGGGCGCCAUCAUCUACAUCAUCAAGAAAAACGAUGAUGGCUGGUUCGAGGGAGUGUGUAAUGGUGUGACCGGACUGUUUCCUGGCAACUACGUUGAAUCCAUCAUGCACUACGCUGACUAAUGCUAAAUCCCAGAGACAUCAUGCAAUGCAGCCAAUCAGUUACAAACAUUGCAAAGUGCAUUAGAAUAUGACUGAAUGUUUGUUUUUGUCCAAUCACUAAUGUAUCAAGGUAUCUACAAUGCUCACUGUUUGAGGAGACAGGGCUCGUAUUGCCUCUACAAAGAAUAUGAAAAGAAACAAACAAGUCUCACUUCUUUCUGGUUAGGUUGCCUCAUAAGUUGUGUACAUAUAUUAAAGUGAGACGUUGCCUGUAGGCUGUUGCUAGUGUUUGUUUUUGUGCGUGUUUUGUCAUUGUACUGAGAUCCGUAUUUGCCAAGUGUCAGCUAGGGCUAGUUAGGUUUUUUUUCCCCUAAAACUCAUCUCGCUCUCUCUCUAUUUUUUUUUUACUAAACUGUCAAGCUCUUCCUUUUACAGGAGAAAGAGAUUUUGAAUGUCAUUUCCGAAAUAUUAUUAUGCCUGGAAAAAAAAAUUGGCAAAAAAAUAUAAAACUGACAAUUACGUUUUAACCUACAUUUCGCCUUCAAGAUUUGCUAAUAUUAUCUAUAAUUUUACCUCAUGACUGUAAGGGAAAAGACAGAUGCAGUAAUGUGCAGAGAUUCUUCUGCAUAUCAAACAAAACUACAUAUGAACAUGUCCACGUUACAUAUUUUACCCUGAAUUUCUCCUAUACAAUUAUGGCUAUUUUUAAGAUUUUUGUUAUGACAAGUAAGCACAUUAUUAUUAUUAUCAAUAUACAUUUAAUUCAUUUUUUAUACAUUCUGGUAAUAUUUCUUAUACUGCCAAUAAUUUAAAUAUAAAAUACAUUACAGUAAUGAUUAUCACUAUUGAGUGUAACGGGAAUUGUUUAAAAAUAAAACUCAAAAGUAUGCGUAAACUAUUAAAUGCAGAAAAUCUUAGUGGUCCUAUAGGCUUUGUUUCCUUCAUGCAAUAUUUAUAUAUUUUUUUUCUUUUGUGACCUGGACAUGUUUUCAUGAGAUUCACCCAUAUACUGUGAGUUUAAAUUGUGCCAAGCUGGUCUUUGAUAGUGUUUUCUGUUUUAAACUGCUGAAGUAUCGUGAACUUGAUUAUGUUUGCACUGACCGGGCGACACUGGCUCACUAGCUGAACGAGUCUCAUUGCCCACGGAUACAAAUUUGUUACAUGAAGUAGCAGAAAUCAGUUUCGUCGUUGUAUAUAUUAUGUAGAGGGACCAUGCAAAACUGAAUUUGUGUCUUUCUAUUUAGACCAGUUCAGAAAUUAUGCUGAAUUUAGGUGAAGACCCAUCAUUUCAUUGAAAAAAAAAAAUCAAGUUUAGUGUAUAGUACUGACGAAUGUGAGCUCAUAACUGUUAGCAUGGCACAAACUUCAAGGUGAUUCUGGUUUUUAGAAGCGUCUCAAACUACUGUUGAAGGCGAGCAAUGUUUUAAUUUAUUGAAUCCAAUGAAAUAUCUGUGAGAAUGUAACUCGCAUAGAGCUGUCUGAACAAUGACCACUUAAUGUUAAGCAUUGCAAGGCCUUGUCAUAAGAUGUGCAAGUGAUCUGUAAUUUAAAUGUUCCUUUGCGGAAUAUCUGCAAACAAUAUAAUCUCUAUUAUCGUUUUGUAUAUAAUCUGUUUUUCUUUUUAUGUACAAUCUCUUUUUUAUAAUAAAGCACCCUCCUGUGCAAAACAUUGUGUUA